CCCGAUCCCGAAAGGCAGCGUGGUAGGCCCAGGCCUUGGCUAGCGGUAGCCAGGGGCAAUUGGCCCUUCGGUCGGUCCGUUUCUCAGCUCAUCGGCCCCCCUGAGCCGCCACGAUGCCCAGCGCCAACCGCAAGAGUCAGGAGAAGCCGCGGGAGACCGUGGAGGCGGCGGCGGCCGAAGAUUAUGCCAAAGAAAGAUAUGGCCUAUCUCCAAUGAUACAGUCACAAGAGAAACCAGAUCGAGUUUUGGUUCGGAUUAAAGACUUGACAGUUCAAAAAGCUGAUGAAGUCAUUUGGAUUCGUGCCAGGAUUCAUACGAGCAGAGCUAAAGGGAAGCAGUGUUUUUUAGUCCUACGUCAGCAGCAGUUUAAUGUCCAGGCUCUUGUGGCUGUGGGAGACCAUGCAAGCAAGCAGAUGGUAAAAUUUGCUGCCAACAUCAACAAAGAGAGCAUUGUGGAUGUAGAAGGUGUGGUGAGGAAAGUGAAUCAGAAAAUCGGAAGCUGUACCCAGCAAGACGUUGAGCUGCAUGUUCAAAGGAUGUACGUGAUCAGUUUGGCUGAACCUCGUCUGCCUCUCCAGCUGGAGGAUGCCGUUCGACCUGAGGGUGAAGGAGAAGAGGAAGGAAGAGCCACUGUGAACCAGGACACAAGGCUAGAUAACCGAGUCAUCGACCUUAGGACUUCAACCAGUCAGGCAGUCUUCCGCCUCCAAUCUGGGAUCUGCCGUCUCUUCCGAGAAACUCUCACUCACAAGGGGUUUGUGGAAAUCCAGACUCCCAAAAUCAUCUCCGCUGCCAGUGAAGGAGGAGCCAAUGUGUUCACAGUGUCGUACUUUAAAAGCAGCGCCUACCUAGCCCAGUCCCCGCAGCUGUAUAAGCAGAUGUGUAUCUGUGCCGAUUUUGAAAAGGUCUUUUGUAUUGGACCAGUGUUUAGAGCCGAAGAUUCCAACACACACAGGCAUCUGACGGAAUUCGUUGGUCUGGACAUUGAAAUGGCCUUUAAUUAUCAUUACCAUGAAGUGGUGGAUGAUAUUGCUGAUACUUUGGUGCAGAUAUUUAAAGGACUUCAAGAAAGGUUUCAGACCGAGAUUCAGACCGUGAGCAAGCAGUUCCCAUGUGAGCCGUUCAAGUUCCUGGAGCCUACGUUGAGACUGGAGUAUCGGGAGGCCCUGGCCCUACUGCGGGGCUCAGGAGUGGAGAUGGGAGAUGAGGAAGAUCUCAGUACCCCCAACGAGAAACUUUUGGGUCGCCUGGUGAAGGAGAAGUAUGAUACUGAUUUCUACAUCCUGGACAAGUAUCCCCUGGCUGUUCGACCUUUUUAUACUAUGCCUGACCCAGGGAACACUAAACAAUCUAAUUCGUAUGACAUGUUCAUGAGAGGCGAGGAGAUUCUCUCUGGAGCUCAGCGAAUCCACGACCCCCAGCUGCUGACCGAGCGUGCCCAGCACCAUGGAAUAGAUCUGGAGAAGAUCAAGGCGUACAUCGACUCCUUCCGCUUUGGAGCCCCACCUCACGCCGGAGGGGGGAUAGGCUUGGAGCGGGUAACCAUGCUGUACCUGGGCCUGCACAACGUUCGCCAGACCUCCAUGUUUCCCCGGGAUCCCAAGCGGCUCACUCCAUAGAGAUCCGCCUCGUUGCCUCAUCUCACCGCUCCCCUGUGACGGCUGGUCAGUCUGGACCUCGACUGCUCAAGGACAGCCAAUUCUCCCAAGUGCUCCAGUCGGUAGUCAGCUUCCAGAUCAUUCAUGCUGUUCGAUCCAGGGGAAGGAUUGGGAUCACCUGUACCCCCACCCCUCAGUGGGGAAUGAUGAGGGAAUGUUUGGGCCCGGGCCUCACAGUCUGAGGUUAAAAAUGCAUCUUCUGCUACCACGUGAGACCCGAGCACGUUGAAAAUUAGCUGGCUUUUAAUAAAUCUUUUCUGGUUGCAAUAUGAACUAUUUUUUCCCCCGUGGCUACAAGAUUGAAGGUCUUGAUGUAGUAAGUAUUUCAGCUCAUCUGAAGAAAUGGUGACUUCAGACAAGGGUAACAAAGAAACAAAAAAUAAUGCAUUUGUGGCUGGGAAAUUAAAAAGAGGCAUGUGAUGAAUCGAGUAAUGUAUACCCAGGUAGUCCGUAAGUAGGAGGAGAGGCUAAAUUAGCAAAGUACUGAUAAUGAGUCGUGAAAUUCUAAUACUGAAUUGCAAUAAAAUUUUCAAAACUCA